CCAACGCUAUAUAGAGAGUGCCGUGAGGCUGUUGAGAAGGAGCUACAAACUGUAUCGUUCUUCGCUACUACAUCCGACAUGUGGUCAAGUCGCACGUCAGAACCUUACCUUAGCCUUACUGCCCACUAUAUCGACCAAGACUGGAAUCUGAAAAGCAAAUGUCUUCAAGCUGCCUACCUUCCCGACGACCACACGGGUGAAGUAAUUGCAUUAGGACUGUCAGAAGCGCUUGCAUCCUGGGGACUGAGUGAAGACAAACAAGUCUGCAUCACAACCGAUAGUGGGACAAAUAUAGUGAAGGCCACAUCCCUGAAUAACUGGACCCGGCUGCAGUGCUUCGGACAUCGACUUCACUCAGCUAUCGAAAAAGCCGGCAAAGACAAGAGGAUGGAGCGAGCUGUGGCCGUGUGUAAGAGAGUGGUGGCCACCUUCAGUUUCUCUUGGAAGAAGAAAAGGGAAUUGGCUGCUGCUCAGGAGGAGCUCACGCCAAAAAAUGGUUGGGAGGGUUCUGGAGCAACAUAAAGCUAUCUCUCAGGUCCUCAGUGCAGAUAAGAAGACCAGGCACUUGGUUCCCUCCUGGCAAGAUCUAGAUGUUCUGGAGUCUGUGCAUGUGGCCCUGAACCCACUACUGGAAUUCACAGAUUCACUUUCUGGAGAGUGUUACGUGAGUGUGUCCUACCUCAAGCCGAUGCUUCACCUUUUCAGAACACAGAUUCUGAAACCAUCUGAGGUUGAAACACAACUUACAAAAGACCUUAAGAUGACAGUCAUGACAUACCUUGAUGAAAAGUACAAUGACCAGAUUACAAAUGAACUGCUUGAUGUUGCAACCCUGCUAGAUCCGCGCUUCAAAGUACAAUACAUUAAUGCAGAACACGUUGAUGCCAUCAAAAUGAGAGCAGUGUAUGAGAUGUUGGGGCAAAUUGAGCACCCAUCCACUUCAGCUGGAACGGAGGAAACAGAAGAUGGUGGAGCUGCUGCAGUACUACCAACCCAGAAGAAACAGAGAAAGUCACUGGGCAGUUUCUUUAAGAAAUCCCACCCCACCAGCACAGGGCUCACUGAGAAAGAGACAGUUGAAAAGGAGCUUGAAAAGUACUUGCUGGCACCUGAUGCAGACAGUGAAAUGGACCCACUUGAGUGGUGGAAAAUCAACAACAGAAGCUUCCCAAGAGUUAGCUGCCUGGCAAAGCGCUACCUGUGCAUCCCCGCAACCAGCAGCCCCUCUGAGAGGGUAUUUAGUACAGGGGGUAAUAUUGUGACUUGCCACAGGGCCGCUUUAAAGCCUGAAGCAGUGGAUAGACUUGUCUUCCUGUCCCACAACCUGUAGGCUUUUUUCAGACUAAAGUUUAUAUA